AUGUCUCGUGACGACUGCUUCACCCAGGCAAGAAGGCGCAAGAUCAACAGUCUGCCUUCCGCCUCACGUCGUGUCGUCACAGCUUCGGUCGCUCUUUUACCUUCAAACCCGCCCCGAACUACGCCAUUCCAUGGUCUGUGCUUCACCACGUCGGACCCACCGACUUACCACUCUACUUCAGCAACACCUAGUUUUAUUCGGUUUGCAGCUCACAUGUUGGCCAGGGCAUCAAGCGAUGCGGGAACACGUCUCCGUCGUUCCAAGUCUACAUCGACAGCCCACAGGCCCGCUCCGCCAGUUUCGGAGCCUCUCGAUCUGGAUGCCAUUCAACAACAGGCUCUAGCAGCCGCCACAGCUGCCUUUGCACGAGCACAGGGCCAGGAUGUAGUGGACCGUACAUCGAAGCGCGGCUCUGACAUAUCAAGGUCCAAGAGCAACGGGAGUCGCAAGUCUCUGACCUCGCAAGGCAGUCACUUUCCCCCUCGAGAAUCAAGUCUACGGUCUUUGCAAGGUCAGAAUACUGGUCAGUCGACAAGUGUACGCCGUCAAUCCAGGCCUACUGCCAUGAUCACUGAGCAGUUCCCGCCGUUCUGCCCCACCUCGAAUAGUGAGAGGCCAGUGUCUUCAUCUCGACCUUUGUCGUCACAAACAUCCAUCAAUUUUGGUGAAAAGGCUCGGCCUCGCUCUCAGUCAAAGGCCUAUCAGCAGUGUGCCUCCUCCUCGGCUACUUCACAGCAGAUUCGAAAGGCGCGUUCCAUGUAUUAUGCCAGCAGUGUGCAGACCGGAUCUCCUAUCGCGCGACCGCCAGCGAAAUAUCUUACAACGCCACCUCCUAUCAGUGAAAUACCUAAAACGGAAACUCUACCUGCACUUCCGCCGAUACGGGCAUCAGCGGUUCCAUCGCCUCUUGCAGGGACACGCAUACCAGUCACUGUCGCUGCUGACGAGAAUGUGGACACGGCAAGAGACAGGUAUCUACAGAACUUCCAAGACAAGACUGUCAAGCACAAGCCGUCGAUGUUCCUCACAACCUUUAAGAAGAGACAGGACAAACGCAAAGACAAAGGCAAGCGCGCAGCCAUUAGUAUGAUCUCUGGCUCGAUAGGCAGCCAACAAACCCCAGAUGAUUCCACCGCAGAUGUCACCCUGACGGACUUCAACCCACCGACUGAGCCAAAGGAGAAACGAUCAUUCUCUGGAUCGCUAAGGAGCAGGCUCAAGAAAGUAUUUCGACGCACCUCGACCAAAUCGCCAAACUUGCCAGUCCAGCAGAUCGAAGCCAGUCGUGAUUACUUCAGUUCUAUGCAUCCUCGAAUAGCAAGUCCAAUCGAUACCUCUGACAUACCCAGCCCUCACGACAAUCUGUUACAACGCAUACGCGCUCGCACACCAUCUUACGAAGCUGUUUGCUCCACAUUCAACCGCUCGGGGUCUCGGACCAGCAGUAACGGGAGUUCUAGGAGCAAUCGAAGUUUGCACAGCGAGUCCAAUACUACACAUAUGUCUAGCUCACGGGUUACAAGCUGGGGAACGACCGCGACUGAUGAUGCUGUGACACAGCGAGCCAUUAAACGACUGACCGUCAUCCAUGAGGCGAAAGACAGCAUUGGCAGCGAGGCCGAUCGGACAUCUUCUCUUGUGCCCAAAAGGAAGUCACUACCUUUGCCAGCCCUAGUUUCAUUUCGCGACCCUAUGCCAAUGGAUAGCCUAGCGGAAGAGUCACUUACUCCAGUGGACCCGAAACGUGUAUUCUCUGCCUUGAUGAAAGAGAUUGAUGCCUCUAAUUCUCCACAGCCCAUGACAGGUCGGAAAGAUCGUACACCAGGUGCAGAAAGUGAUGUCUUUGAAUCGAGUGCUACCAAAGAGUUGCACAGCAUCGCCAGAGAGUUGCACUCUAGCGCUAGUCGAGACUGCAGGCCGAGCAUGAGCAGUGAUCACCGACCUCCGUCACGUCGGCCGGCCAGCGCUGCUGCGCAUAGCGUUCAAAGCAAGACUAGCACCAUCAAAUCACUGGGGAGGGUCAUUCGAUCAACGAUACGUACAGUCACGCCUGCCGAGCAGAACUCUUUACCCUUGCCCGACCAAUCCUCCAGUGCGGACGAUAAUGUCCGUAAUCUAGGAGAUGGCCUAGACAGACUGCCCCCGGCUUCCGCACCCAUGCUCAAUGAAAGAGAUUAUAAUAAUGAGGUGGCCCCUAGUUGUAGCGAUAAAACUACGAAUCUCGAGAGUAUCGAUCUGGACUAUCCAAUACACACAUACACACCUUCAGUCUCACAAAUUGAGCAACGUGUUGAACGUGCAAAAGGUCGAUGGAAGACCCCUUUGGACGAAGCUGAGGUGCUUCAACUUCCACGCGAAACGAACAGAACCUACAGUGUCACCAACUUCAAGCAACAGACGGAUGGCCACUUGGCUGCCAGGGAAGCGAUACUACGAAAUGCGAAGCCAGUUCAUCAGCCUAACCAAGAUACACCCAAAACUCACACGAUAUUAUCACCAAUGUCUCCAAGCGUAUAUUCGCGAAACACCGAUGGGAUGAGCCUUCUCCCUAACGACAGUGACAUGUCUCUAGAUACCCCUGGCGAUCUCCAGCAAUCACAUGAUGCUGGUUCAGCCGUGAUACUGACGAGCCAGUCGGUCAGAAGUUAUGUGGUCGGCACCCCUUCUCCCCGUCGCCGAGAUUCUACGCGCACCAGUCACGACUGGAAAGCUUGGCUAUCUCACGAGAUCUCGAGUAUGGAGAUUAGUAGCCAGGAAGAUUUGUCGAUUCAUGAGCGCUUCAUGACACCUUCAGGUAAGCACAGACGUCAGGUCUUACGCACGUCGCAUACGGAGGAAGAUGGAGAUACAACGGUGAUUCUUCGAGAAUCAUGCGAGAUUACCACGCCAAGGCCAGGACCCGAGUCGGAGCCUUUUGCAAGCACCUCGAAUUCAACAUCUCAACAUGAUGUUCGGAUUGACUCUCAUGAGCCGUUAAUCCCAGUUGACAAUAUCUCAGUCCUAGAGAGAUCUGGUUCGCAUUCGGACACCUAUAAAGAGGUUUCACUAGCACAUAGCCCAAUUGAGAUCGAUUCUGCCUGGAUGGCUACAUCAUCUACGCGACCUUCACCAACACCUUUACUUGGGAGAGCGCGGGUACAAUCGACAACCAGUCGCCAUUUGAGACUCUCGCAGCCUCCGAGUGACCCCCGUUUGUCUAUGAUGAACGAGCGUUUUCCCUAUAUCGAGACAGGCCGGAGUUCCAGCAGUAACAGCGCGAGAUCUUCUCGUCUAUCAAAGUCUCCGCCGGAAAGUGUUGCAUCUGACAAGUCGUCAAAGGCUACACCUAGUCCCCGGAUAUACUCUGAUCUCACUGCGCCAGGUACAACGCGAACUUCACAACGAGCGUCCAACAUUGCCUUAAAGCGUAGUGAUGCCAUGUACAAACGUAAAGAGAACAUCACACCACCAGCACUGCUGGCCAAUAUGAAUCAAUCCGUGUCUCCACUGGCUGUCGCCGCACAAAUCAAGUCUCUUCAACCGCUGUCUACGACAGCAGCCAUCAAUCAAAGGACUCCUAACAAAGGCCAGUACAUGUCCAGCAUUCCAGAAAUCAAGCAUGCCAAACAUGACUCGAGCCCUGCCGCCUCACCACCUCGACCACGCAUUUAUGCUACCCUGCGCCCGGCUUCUACACAUGAUCUGUCUCGUCGGCCAAGAAGUGCAUUCGAUCUUCGCAGCCCACGCAAGUAUGGGAAGACGAAUGUACCUACCACUGCGAUGCGCCCAAUGUCGGAACUACAUCGCCCCGCAUUGCAGCUUGAGAUCUCUGGAGGUCCCCCCGAGAAGGAAGUGACUAGCAUAGACGAGCGUAUUGUCGACACCAUGUCUACCUCGCGCCCUGCCAGUCUCAGUGGGAGCGUCACCCCCGGCCAGCGCAUGGCAGAUCACUGGUUGAAGCAGCGCAAGAGCACCUCGGCGCUGGAGAGUAGCAAGAUGAGAGGUGGAAUGAGAUUAGUCCGAGAGGAUACACCAGCGUUUCUAUGA